AUGAAUGGCAGCGUGAGGACAGAGAAGAGAGGAGAAAGAGAGGAGAACCGCCGCAGAGUGGGAGGAGCGAGAGGCAUCAGCGUCAGGACUCGAAACAACGGCAGAGACUCGGGCGGCAGAUCGAUUUAUGAUUACACAUACACAUACUUUGUACAACGACGCAAACUUCCUGCCAAUUUGCACGACGACCAUGACGACGCAACGGAGACACCGACCGUGACAGCGAUCGACGAGAUCUUAAUCAAGCGACAGCGACGACCAAUCGAAACAACACACAUUCCCAUAACCUCUCGAGGUCCGCCCAAACGUUUACCAACCGGAAGAGGAAACGAAAACUGA